CGUUUCCACCGAGCUUCCCCCUUCACUGGCCUGCGCCUCUGAUCCUUUCAGAAUUGAGAGCGAUAAUUGAUUGGAGGUGGUCAGAUAGCCACCAUGCCGGGUCCUGGUCCUCAUAUGAUGUACGCGAUGGGCUCCGGCGUGGCUCUCACGGCGGUCACCCACGGCAGAUUCAGCCCCCACCACACUCUCACCUACGCUCUUAACGCCUUCUUCGGUCCCGAUGUUGGUUCCUUCUCCGAAUGGCUUGCUUCCUUCGUUGAUAAUCCCGCUAACUCCUUUGCAUCCCGCCUUCCCGAUCUUAUCCACCAUCCCCUCUAUUACAUUCUUAUCUUGGGACUUCCCUUCUCCUUUCUCUACUCUUGGAUUUCCAAGCUGCUUCUUCGACAUCAGCUUCUUGAUUCUGUCCCUAGGGUACCCCUUACAUGGAAGCAAUGCUUCUUGUUGAUAUCUGCUGGCUCUUUUAGUCACUUCUUCCUGGAUCAUUUAUUUGAGGAGAAUGGGCACUCAACUGUGUAUACUUGGAUUUUGAGCACGGGCUGGUGGGAAAGCCGAGCACCAAUUAACCCAGAUGCUGUUGUUGUAGUUGCCUUUUUAUGCACAUGCUUAUAUGGUGGCUUUUUUUACAUUAACAGACCAUGCAGAGUAAAUUCAUCAAAAUCCUUUGUGAAGAAGUCGCAUCAAUCACUGCUACUCGUCCUGUUUAUAGCUUGCUUAUACUGUUUAUGGUGUGCAGUUCAGAUAUACUUUAUCAAUCCUCGUCGUCCUGCAGUUGGGGAAGAAGCUGAUCUUGGUGUGAUAGUUUUUUUAGCCACAUUUUUCUUCCUACCCCAUGGUCUGUGUAUAAUGUCCAUGCACCCAAAUGAUCUUCACACAGAUCAAAUUCCUCUUUAAUUGUAUUUGCAUCUUACUGAUAGGAUAUGAAAUAAUGAUUAAUUAAUAUUUUAGAUAUUUCGGAUGUUUGGCAUUAGCAAGGAAUAUUCGGUUUUUAAUUUGAUUUGACUGUUACUUUUUA